AUGUCUGAAAAAUCUGAAAUAACAAUUGCUAUAUUAAGUCCUGGUGAUAUGGGUCAUGCUAUUGGUCGAGUUCUUCUUUCAUCUGGUGAAAAUAAAAUUCGUAUAAUAACAAAUUUAACAGGACGAAGUAAACGUACACAAAAAUUAUCCCAAUCAGCUGGUAUUAUCGAUGUUAAAACAGAUGAAGAAAUUAUCAAUCAAGCUGAUUUUAUUUUCUCUAUUCUUAUUCCAUCUGAAGUAACAACAGUUGCACAACGUUUUGCUAAUUCUCUUUCAAUAAAUCCGCAUAUUAUUUAUGUUGACAUGAAUGCAAUUGCACCACAAACAGUCCAAUUUAUAUCAUCAUUAUUUCCACAUGGUAAUUUUGUUGAUGGAUGUAUUAUUGGUUUACCACCUGGUUCUUCUGAGCGCAUACCAACAGUCUAUUUAUCUGGUAUAAAUGGGCAAAAAAUAGCUGAUUUAUUUCAAUAUACAGAUUUAAUAAAAACACGUGUUAUGGGAAAUGAAAUCGGUUCGGCAAGUGCAUUUAAAAUGUGUUAUGCAUCAUUGAGUAAAGGUAUAACUGCAAUUGCAAUUCAAGCAUGUGUAACAGCAAAAUCCUAUGAAUUUGACGAAUUAUUUUUAAAUGAAUUAAAAGAAAGUAUGCCAGAUAUUUUUAAAAAAUUAGAUAAAUCAAUUCCACAUAUGGCACCUAAAGCAGGAAGAUGGAUUGCUGAAAUGGAAGAAAUUGCUAAAACAUAUGAAAAUGUUGGUUUAUCCGAAAAAAUUUUUCAAGGAGCUGCUGAAACAUAUCGAUUUGUUGCUGAACAAACACCAUUAGGAAAUGAAAUCAUUGAAGAACGACAAAAAGGACAGACAUUAGAUGAUGCUCUACAAAUUAUGGCUGAAUCACUUAAGAAAAAUAAAAAAUAA